CUACAAAAAAGAGACAAUCGCACGAAGUGCCACCGCUGGUUUAGUUGUCAUCGCCCAAAAUUUUCAAAAUCGUCCAAAAAGUUUGUUUUUUCGUGUUCACCUCAUCUUUCUUUCAAUGUUUGGUUGCGCGAGUGUGCGUUGAGUAAAUUUUCAAUCGCUGAGCUGGGAAAGUCUACAAAAAAUGAUGGAAAAUCGGGGGCCGAGAACAUCCGCCUCUACCACCAUCAUUACUAGCAGCAGUAAUAUCAACAGCAAUAAUAAUGCAACAAACACAUCAGGGGAAACAGAAAGUGAAGGAGCUGCACGGAUUGAAACUUACGAAGGAACCGCUUUUCCUCAAUCAGUGAAUGCGUUGUGCCGAAUUUGUAUGAUUGAUUUCCAAUCGGAAAAAGAAAAAAUGCUUGAAUCACUUUUUCGGACGACGGUAGAGUCAAAAACUUUGUAUUCGAUGCUGACGAGCAUCUGUACGCCGCUGGCUCAAGGAAAUAAUGACGGCAUGCCAGACAAAAUCUGCGGCAGCUGUAAAACGAAAUUAGUACAGGCGUACAAUUUAUACGAGACCUGUUUGAAAAGCGAUGAAAGAAUUAGGAAACUUCUUCAAACCCUACCUGGAGGGGUCCAGAUAAAACAGGAAAUUGUUGAUGAUGAUGAUGAUGAUGUGGAAAUGGCCAAUGUUGAACUUUACUGCGAUACUCACAUUAAAAAAGAAGAACAAUACGAACAAGAAUACCCGUUCGAUCAUCAUGUGUAUGAAUCCACUUUGUCGAAUUUAAGGAUUCAAUCUGUUCGUAAUGGGCCGGAAGUGCUUGUACAACUACAGGAACAAAAUCUGCCUCAAGAGAUUCCUUCGAAGCCGAUUUUUGAAUGUGAAAAAUUUGUCAAAGUAACACAAAAUGGGCAUACAUGUACUUUGUGUGGAAGAGACUUCAAAUAUUUCAGUUACUACAAACAACACGCAUUGGCACAGCAUGAUCCCGCAAAACCACACAAGUGCGAUCAAUGCAAAUAUACAUUCAAAACCGAACAACGUCUGUUUUUGCACAUGAAAACCCACCUUGAAUUAGAAUCACUUCCUUUGGCUAUAGAGCAUGCAGAUGUUCCAGACCCUGAUGUUGAUCAAGACCAGGAACCGGAACAGGACCCUUCGGACGAUGCUAUACACAAGGAGGAUGCUACCGAUGUAAAUGUUUCUAUCAAUCCGGAUACAGGAGAAAAAAUUUACACAUGUCUUAUUUGUCAGAAACAGCUGUCGACUUUACUCCUAUACAAUCGGCAUCGCACGGUUCACACUGUUCGAGGACGUCCAUAUGAAUGCGACAUUUGUCAUUAUCGUUUUGCAAUGAAGUUUAGCUACAAUGCACAUAUGCUACGCCAUGAACAAGGCAAGGACCCUGCUCAACCAGCAACAUUUAAAUGCACCGAAUGUGACGAAGUCUUCAUUAGAAGGAAACUGUUGAACAUACAUAUUGCUAGUGAGCACGAAAAAUCAUCGGCACCGUUGAACAAAACAGCUCCAGCAGCAAUUCUUACCAGCAACAUAUCGGAUGGACGUCACGGCCAUGCUUGUCCGAUCUGCCCAGAGACUUUUAAUCGGGAGUCAGUGUUGUACAAUCAUUUGAAAACGCACGAGCUCGAAGCUGCACAACUCAAACAUUCUGAGGUGUACUACGUAUGUACUGUUUGCGGAAUGGAAUGUGAAACUCGUCAAAUUUUUGAUAAUCACAUCAGAACUCACGGCGAUGUUCAGUUCCCAAAUAAUUCAAAUCAAUCAGUGGAAGGCGACAUGAGCGACGAUGAUCAUGCUCAGAACGGUGAUGAAUCGGCCGCUGCUAAGUCGGAUGGGAAGGUAGGAGCUAAAUGCGAGCUCUGUUCCAAAACAUUCCCUUACGCUUGUAAUCUCAAACAGCACAAAAUAAUUCAUCACUCCGAGCUGAAACCUCACGAAUGCUCUGUAUGUCACUACCGGUUUGAGUAUGAAGGCACACUCUUGCGACACGUACAAAAACAUUCCAAACAGGAAACGAAUACCCAUCCGGUAGCGACUGUUGCGACCGAAGACCCUAUUGUUGCUCCACCGGGGGCAGCCUUGGUCUAUAAGUGUAAGCUAUGCUCCGCCCGUUUCCUGAAGCAGAAGUCGAUGCAAUGGCAUCUGAAAACACAUCGAUCAAUCGUUGCUAAUGAAGGAGCCAGUGUGAAACAAUUGGAACAAAAUCUUAACAUACCAAUAGGAACACCCUUGGCGUCACAACGUUCAUCAUCGCCUACCACCAGUUCAGGGCAGUCGGCAAAGGCUGCUACAUCCACGAACAGAACUGCGUCACCGGACGCUACCUCUACACCGGUCCGUUCGAAAUCUCCCGGGACAAAACCAUCCGCCAGUUCAUUUGCUGCCAAGCAGGACCUGAAACAGCAAUCCCAAGCAGUCGACAAAGCCGGAGGUAGCACUCCGAAGAUGUUCAAAUGCAACUACUGUCCACAGAACCUAGAUUCGGAGGACGCUUAUUUCAAUCAUCUCAAAGGACAUCGCGUGCGACCGAACACAUCAGAUUCGCUACAAUCGGAGAGCGAAUCGCCACCACCGAAAAAGAAGCGAGCCUGGAUUCGAUCCGGUGAUCACCACAGAUGCAAUCUGUGUCACAAACAGUUCACGUUCCGUAGUCAACUUCAGCAGCAUACCUCUUUGCAUCAUCAACCGGGAAAACCGUACGAGUGUCAGAAGUGUCACUACAGUUUUGUGCACAAGCUCAAUCUCAAACGACACGAGUUGACGCACUUGGAGGAGGAACGUUUGGCCAGUGAGGACGAUCCGUCGAUUCAACUGCUAGAGGAUGAAAGUUUCAACGCGGACUUGGAGGAAACUGGUGAGUCAUUAGCGGAAGAGUCCCCAACAAACAAGCCAUCCGAAGAAGACAGUGAAUCUCCAUCGACCGAGACGGCUGGGGUAACAAAAAAAAACAAAUGCGUCGUCUGUUCGACUGUAUUUCCGAAGGAAAAUGAACUGAUAGAACAUCUGAAGACGCACAUCGAGCGAAUCAAAGUGACCAAACAGGAGACACAAACAGCGAAAAAAAUUCUCGCCGAUGACAACGAUCGGAAGUGCAAGCUUUGCCAGAAGGUGUUUAAAUUUUCUUGCCAAUUGAAGCAGCACGUCCAAAUGCAUCACUCCAAAGAUAAGCCUUUUGAGUGCAGCAUUUGCAAGUAUCGGUUCGAAUUUAAGGGACAUAUGAUUCGUCACAAGGCGAUAAACCAUGCAGAAGAAGUAGCCGCUGAAGAAGCAGAAAUGGAAGAUCUUCCGGCAAAAAUAACUACCCCGACUGUUAACGCUGACGGCGCUGAGGUAUUUCAGUGUCCAGUCUGCCCGUUGAACUUCGUCAAGCAACGGUCCCUAACAUGGCAUUUGAAAACUCACAAUAGUCGUCGUUCCGGACAAGUUGACGGGAUAGCAUCGACCUCAACCGGGGAAGUGAUGCAAUGUCGCUUCUGCUCUCGAACUUUCCGCGAUGUGUACGAAAUGAAAGCACACAUGGUGACUCACAUCGGUAGCGGAGGAUCAUCGUCCACUAUACCCGAAGCUGAACAUUCUCUAUUUGGUUCCGGAUUAGAUAUGAUGUUACAGGACUUUCCGGAUAGUAUGGAGAAUAAUGCCAAUGAUCCACUAUUCGACGAAUCAAAUUUAGAGUUGGUGCUGGAGGAUGGAUUCGACAAUGACGACCUGGAAUUCAAUAUGCGCUAUCAUGAUACACCACCGCUUCCACCAGCCAAGAGAAGUCUUCCAAGCAGCGAAAACUCAAUUUAUGACAUGGCCGAACCCGGUGCUUCCACAACACCAGCCAAGAGCAAAAUUGUCUGUGAGCUGUGCAAGAAAGAUUUCCUCUACUUGUGCAAUCUGAAGCAGCACAUGCAGCUGCACCACGCCAAGGAGAAACCAUUCGAAUGCAAGAUUUGCUUCUACCGGUUCGAAUACAGUGGCCAUCUGGUGCGUCACAUUCGGCAAAAUCACGAUAAAAGCCAAGCUGACGAAGCGGCGGGCGACGCCAUCGAGAAAAACUUUGUCUGUACAUUUUGUUCCGAACUCUUCGAGCAAAAGUCUCAACUGAAUACGCACCUUCACAUCUAUCACAAAGGAGAGAAGCAGUUUAAAUGCGAUAACUGCCCUGCCUCUUUUGCCUAUAAAAAAGCUUAUGAUACUCAUCGAGAAGAACAUCACACUCACAAACGUUCGGACUCAACAGCAGCGGCCGCAGCAACUUCUUCAAGUGGCGCUCCCACUAGUUUCUCCUGCAAUUUCUGCAAGAAAACAUUCAGUUCAGCGCAGAAGGUGGACAACCACGUAUGCUUUCAAUAAACAGUGUAAUAUGGCCGAGAUGCACGUGACAGAGAUUAAGGAUUUUAAUACACAUAAGUUAAACGUUAUACCUAAAGAAUUGAAUAUCUGCAUUAAGAGUAGUGCUUCUUCCCUAUGAAGUUAGAAAACAGCACUGUUCAUUUUAUUUUUAGAACAAGUAGUAAAAUACUUUCAAGUAUACAAUAGAAGGAGUUUGACUGCGAUAGACUCGUAAAUGAAGCGAAUUUAGUUUUUAGGCAAAGAAAAAAAAAGAAAAUGUUUUUUUUUUGCUAGCGAACACUCUUAGGUUAAGAACUAUACUAGUGUUUAUGAGACACUACACUUCAGUGAAAUGUAAGAUGUUUUAGUAAACUUAUUUUUAUGUUCGAUGAUAUUCUGUAUGUUGUUAGUGUAUACCGGCAAUACUUCUACGUACUAAGCCAAUACACGCAUUGAUUUUAAUUUUUUCAAAUUAAACAAUACUUUUUACAUUUCUCACAAUAACAUUCAGCAUACAGAGAGUAUUAUUUUAAAAGAGGGAGUAUCAAAAGAAUUUAGUUAUGUAUUGUACCUUUUGGUAUAUUAUUUAUACUAUUCAAUCGCUAAGUCUUGAGCUAAUUCGAGGACCUUUGGCGGUACUUUUUGUUCUCAAUUGUUUCUUUAGUAUACGUUAAUAUCCGCAUUGUUUUUACGGGCGAUUACGUUACAGGUUAAACAUGUGACUAGCGAAUUUGGAAACAUAUGAAAUAAGAAACUAUAUUACUUUAAAAACAAUAACAUUAGCAUGUAGCAUUAACCGUUAUAACUUGCAUCUUCACAUAAUAAUACUAAGAUCAAUAAAUAAAUCUUAUUAUAUAACGUAUGUAAUUGAU